AAGCUUGUUUAGCUGAGUUCCAGCAGUCUGCUGUUGCACUGUUAUUCGAAAGAUAUUAGUUAAGAAUUACAGACUGACGCUUUUAGUUUUUAUUAUUAUUUUUUUAUCAGCCAGGGGUUGUGCUGGUAUUGCAGACCUUCUGAAACAAUCGCCUGGUUUGCCCCACUGGAGGUUCUGGACACUGUUUGCUACAAAUAUGUCGACGACACUUCUCUCAACUAUUUAUGACUUCGACUACUUGUGCAAGCAAACAGAACGAUCCUUGAAUCUUAAUCUGAGUAGUAUGCUGGAUAAAAAGGCGGUGGGAUGUCCGGUGAGCACCAACUUCACGCCCUCCUUUCUCCGGAGGCAUUCGACAAGCAAUUUACAGACUCUGACUAACAAUAACAAUAAUUCCAGUAAGUUUUCAAGUAGCAAUGUCUUCUGCAACAAUCUCAAGGAGAUGGCGGCAGUGGCAGCUAGCACAGCCUUGAUGAACAAAGAGAAUAAAUUCCGUGAGCGCUCCUUCAGUGACAACAGCGGGGAGCAUCGCAACAGCCAGCAGCAACAGCAAUCUGUGCAGAUCAAGGCUGGGGGCUGUGCGCAGAUAAACUCCACGCGCUACAAGACUGAACUGUGCCGUCAGUACGAGGAGAACGGCAUGUGUAAAUAUGGCGACAAAUGCCAGUUUGCCCAUGGUCUGCACGAGCUUCGCAGCCUCACCCGACACCCCAAGUAUAAAACAGAGUUGUGCCGCACUUUCCAUAGCAUUGGGUUCUGCCCAUAUGGGCCACGCUGUCACUUCAUCCACAAUGCUGAUGAGAGGCGCCUUUCACCGUCCAACGUCAAUGGGGGACAGCAGUCCAAUGGUUCAGACUUGCGCGUCUUUCACCAGCAACAUAGGGAAAAUAUGAACAAUUUUAACCAACGACCCAAAUUACAACAUAGUUUCAGCUUCUCAGAGUUUUCGAGUUCUCCUGGUUUGGAUUCCCCACCGGCACUCCACAGCCCCACCUCGCGAACCCCACCGCCCACCACCUCUUCAGCGGAGGCGGCGGCCGCGGCAGUGGCGUUGUACUGCGAGGAGUUGUUGUCCGCCCCGCCAUUUUCAUGUGCCAACAAUGCUUUCAGCUUUUCCAGGCGGGACAUCUGUAGUCUGCUGACUCCACUCGCUGUUCAGACUCAAAACUUUGGCUGCCAGUCCCAUGGAUAUUUCUUGGAGAACCAGACUAGGGGUGGCACACAUUCUUCCUACACAGAUUUAUCAUCUCCCACCCUGGCCACUAGGCGAUACUCAGAGUCCCCCGUGUUGGGUACAUCCCCUCACUCACCAGAUUCCUCACCAGAUUCCCUCUCCGACCAAGAAAGUCAAAGUGGCUCAACUCUCGGCUCUUCGGGGAAUGUUAGUGAUUCUGAGUCGUCAGCUGUGGAUAUGAACCGACGACUUCCUAUCUUCAGUAGCUUUUCCGAUUAGUCCACAGUAGCCUUUUACAGUUGUGAUAUAUGCAGGGAAAAAGUGCGACACUUGAAGACAGGGUCUGCAAGCUGUCAGUUUUGCAGUCCCCAGUUUUGGGAAGUGAGUAAAGGAUGGUAUCGCACCAUCUUCGCAGACAGGAAGGUGAAAGGACAGUAAAUGAAAACUAUUUUUUUUUGAUUAACUAUAAACUUAUUCCUGAGUUGAUGAGCACCAGAAGAGACAUUCCAUCUCCUUAGUAAUGACUGUGAAACACGCUAGAAAAAGCAUUACAGCAAAAGUUACCAAAGGGCCCUUUGCAGUCUGCAGGGAUCUUUGCCUUAUUUGUUCCUAACCCUGCCGACUUUGAGCCCUGGAGAAUCAGUGCUGCAAAUGUAGUUCUCCAACUCCAAUCAACUACUAACGAGUCUGAGAAACUCAAAGACUGAGCUUAAAAAUCCUGCCAAGAAUAUGCCUUGAUUACACGAACUUUGUUGGGUAAAAAGUGCUAAAAUUUCAUUCCAAGAGUUUUAAUGUUGGUUCCAUUGUUACCACCUAGUGGAAAUGUUUAUCGCAUAACUUUUUUUUUUGGGGGGGGGGUCUGAGUAGUUCAUUGUUGGAGAAAACUGCUGAUUUGACUUAUUUUAGCUGUUUGUUCCGAGUUUGUGGCAACAGUGCACAACUCAUCAUGAAACUAUUUAACUUAUUUAUUAUCUUGUGAAAAGUAUACAUUGGUAAUUUGUUCGUACUGUAUUUAUCGGGUAUGAUGAAAAGCAAUAGAUAUAUAUUCUUUUAUUCUGUUUAAAUUAUGAUUGCCAUUAUUAAUCUGCAGAACGUGGAGUGUAUGUUCUUUUCACAGUAAUAUAUGCCAUUUUGGUUUUGUAACUUCACUUCGUUAUUUUAUUGUAAAUGAGUAAAAUCUUAAUUUAAGAGAUUGUUAAUAUUUAUUUCAUUAAUUCGUUUCUUGUUUACGUAAAUCUGAGAUUGCGUGGUUUCUAUAUACGUAUAGAAAUCUGAUUUUGAUGCUGUGGAAGUAGUUAUUUUCUUAGAAUGUAAAGUAGCAUAAUGGUUGGUAAGACCGUCCAGUAGUCUUGAGAUUUGUCUGACUGGGUUCAGUGUGAGAUGCCUAAAAUUUGGACUAAACCAAAAAGUAUUUUUAUUGCUUCAGUAACACUGUGAUAACAAGUGCCAGAAAAUGUAGCAAUAAGUGGGCCCAGUAUUUUUCCCCGUGUGCCUUUACCGGGCCAUUUUUGCCUUAACCAAAUAAGUAUUUCUACUGUGAUUUAAAAAAAAAAUAAUUUGAAUGAAAGAGAAGUGUUUUUAAUUUCUUACCACUGUAAGCUAAGGUGCUUUUCAUUUUUUUUUCUUGUCAGAGAGAAAUGUCUGGAGUAUUAAAUAUUCAUUUUUUUCAGCUCACUUUUUUCCUCUCCUCUAUAUAAUCCCCGGACGGUGAGUGUAUGGAUCGUUUGAUUGUACAUAGUAGGUACAGAUUUAUGAGCACUAUGUACUCCUCCCUAUAUAUAUUUUUUAAUUUUGGACUACUUUAACAGAAGUUUAAUGAAUGUAACUAAAGGAAAAGGUAAACUUGAGUUGUAACAUUUAUGGGGAGUCAGUUCACUACAAAUCUUGUUUAAAGACUGUAAAAUUUGUACUGUAAAUGUUUUGUAGUUCUCCCAACAAUAAAAAGAAACAUUUGCAAAAA